ACCAGUCACUCUCAGUUGGAACGGCGCGUGAAACGGUUAUCGCUCGCUCCACCGGCGCUCUCUCGCCGCUCGCCCCACCAAAGCCCGCAUUUAACAGUUGUUUUGCUGCGAAUAAGAGGCUGAAAGCAAAGACCCGAGGAAGAUCGAGACGCAGAAGCUUAGGGAAGCACAGAUGACAAAGAUGGGCGGAAAUUUGGCAGUGAUGCUGCUGUCGCUGUUUUUGAGUGCGUUAGCCACGGGCAACGGCAACUCCAUACCGACGACCACGACGCCCCAGGGCGUAUUCGAAACCCGUACGGACAAGCUGCCCGGUGGCGCUGCCAGCGUGCCCAGUGGAGCGGGUAUCUACGACGAUAUAGAUACCUUUGUGCCCUUCCGGAGCGACUCGCACGAUCCGUUCUCAUGGCAUCUACUGAAGACGGUGCUGCAGAACGAGACAGCCGACAAGAAUGUGAUCAUCUCGCCGUUCUCCGUCAAACUGGUGCUGGCCCUGCUGGCUGAGGCGGCCGGAGCCGGAACCCAGACGCAAGUGGAGCUGGCCAACACGCAAACAGACAUUCGAUCGCAAAAUAAUGUGCGGGAGUUCUACCGCAAGACACUUAAUUCCUUCAAGAAGGAGAACCAGCUCCACGAGACGCUCAGUGUGCGCACCAAGCUCUUCACGGACAGCUUCAUCGAGACACAGCAGAAGUUCACGGCCACGCUGAAACACUUCUACGACAGCGAGGUGGAGGCGCUAGACUUCACCAAUCCCGAGGCGGCGGCAGAUGCCAUCAACGCCUGGGCCGCCAACAUCACGCAGGGCAGACUUCAGCAGCUAGUAGCCCCGGACAACGUGCGCAGCAGCGUAAUGUUGCUGACCAAUCUGAUCUACUUCAACGGUCUGUGGCGGCGGCAGUUUGCCACCACAUUCCAGGGAUCCUUCUUCCGCAGCAAGGACGACCAGUCGCGGGCGGAGUUCAUGGAGCAGACCGACUACUUCUACUACACCACCUCGGAGAAGCUGAAGGCGCAGAUUCUGCGUCUGCCCUACAAGGGCAAGAACUCCCUGUUCGUCCUGCUGCCCUACGCCCUGAAUGGCAUCCAUGACUUGGUCAAGAACCUGGAAAACGACGAGCUAAAGAGCGCUCAGUGGGCCAUGGAGGAGGUGAAAGUGAAGGUGACGCUGCCCAAGUUCCAUUUCGACUACCAGCAGAACCUUAAGGAGACGUUGCGCAGCCUGGGUGUGCGCGAAAUCUUUGAGGACAGCGCCUCGCUGCCGGGAUUAACCCGCGGCGCUGAUGUCGCCGGCAAAGUAAAGGUGUCUAACAUCCUGCAGAAGGCCGGCAUUAAUGUGAACGAGAAGGGAACGGAGGCCUACGCAGCCACCGUUGUGGAGAUCGAAAACAAGUUCGGUGGCAGCACCGCCAUCGAGGAAUUCAACGUAAACCGGCCGUUUGUGUUCUUUAUCGAGGAGGAGUCCACUGGUAACAUACUGUUUGCCGGCAAAGUCCACUCACCCACCACCCAGAACUAAGCCUCUCAGGCGGUUUUAUCUUUAAAUACGCAAUAAAUAUACAAACAAAUGAGAGUCUCUGCGCUUCAGUUAACCUUAAUAUGAUGUGAAAAGUGUUGCAAGUGGAUAAGCUUUCUAAUACAUUUUGCUGAAUCCUACAAACGAGAAACGAAUCUGUGCUCUUGACCCCUUUUUCAGUAAUCGUGCGUGGCGACGAUUCCCCCAGCGAGUCGGUUCCCAUCUACAGGCCACAACAUUCCGCUGGCUGAUAAAGCCACUGGUGCUGUCGUUAAAUGUUUGUUUUUAUAUUUAUGCCUCGCCCAGGCAUGCCACGAACAAUUGAAAGCAAAAGGCAGCAAUCAAGUGAGAGAUGCAAAUACCUGCUAACUCUGGGAAUGUCCCACGAACGUAACAUCGGCAAUAUCCAAUGGGGAGAUCGAUGGGUAACCGAUUGCGCACAUAGUCGACGGCAAAUAGAACCCAUGACUCAGGGGGCUGGCUGAGAUGUUGUUCGACUGGGAAAUCUUAAGUUUGCGUAGUUAGCCACGUUCUGGUGAUCUCUUGAACAAACAAGGAAGCCAGCUAAGCUUGGGAAUUUAAGCGCAGCUUAGAAACAAGUAUAUGAUAAAGUUUGUUAGCUUAAUACAAUUCAAUUGCUAUUCAUCAAUGAAAUCAUUAUAAAAGUCCUAAUGUUUUCUAGGGCUAAACGAUGUAUUAACGAAAAGUGUAAACAAGGUCUAUUAGUUUAAAAGAAAAAACAUAUAUAUAUAUAUAUAUUAAGCUCGACU